CGAAGCAGUUUUGUGUGUCACCCAAACUUCAAACUUGGUGAACAUUCACAUUGCAUGUCCUUCGGCGAGUCCCUCGUUGAGGUGCCCAUGUCCAGCCACGAGCUCGCUAUGCGGGAAGCAUCGAGUCUGCAGCGGCAGCAGCAGGAGCAGCAGCUGGAGCAGCUGGAGCAGCAGCGACGCGGCUCGUUCGACCUCGCACUGCGGCAAAGAGCUGCGUUUCCCGCCACUGAUGACGACGAGCCCGACGACGACCACGAUGACGACCUCGCCCCACAAACCGGCGCGCUCCCACAUGUGAUCUUACUACCCAACCAUGGCAGUGCCGAGGCUGCUCCGGCUGUGACCAAUCGCCCGCUGGGAUCGACUUCCGCAGUUCGCUUCGACUUGACCGAAUUCGAGCCCAGCAGCUCACGACGACCUCCUCCUCACCAAGCACCGCCACCAUCAGAGCCCCGCCCGUCAAUCCUCAAGAAGGAUUCAGUAGUAGCCGCGUACUUGGCGCCAGAGGCGGUUCCGAAUGGCACGGGCGACCGCGCGCACGUUUACAUGCAGAUGCAACCCCUGUACGACUUUACAAGUGACUCAGACGAGCGGCGCGACGAGCUGAUGCGAGCUGCCCCGUCGUUCCAGGAUGCACGCAGACGCUCCAUCCAGCCAUCUCGGAAGCCAAUGGGCCUCGGCUCGACCUCCUCGAACACUUCGCUUGGCGGAGCCUUGGGCAAAGUGUUCACCGGGUUGUCUCGAAGACGCCACUCCAUCCAGCCAGGCUUCCCUGCUUCGUCGGGAUUCGAGCCCAAUGUGCUUGGCGGUUCAAUAGCGAGCGGCAUCAGCCGAAGCGAAACCAGGCAAUUUACGCCUCCGCCGAUCGUGGCGGCCGACAGCGAUGGUCUGGAAGAGGACACGUCAAUCUCCUUCUGGACAACGCUGCGAUCCAUGAUGCCCACAAUGCUGACCAGCGGUGAGCUGCCGCAAGUGUCCGACAAGGAGUUUUUUCUCAGCUACUCUCGAAAGGACAAGGCCACGGCUGCUCGUCUUGUUGAUAUGUUCACCGAAGCCAAUGUUGAUGUGUGGGUUGAUUGGACGUCCAUUCCCCCUUCAGCUGAUUGGAUGAGCGAGAUUUGCAAAGGCAUUGAAAAUUCGAGCGCGUUCUUGUUUCUUCUAUCGCCCAACAGCGUUUCUUCUCUGGUGUGCAAUCAGGAGCUCGACUAUGCCAUCCAGUGCGGAAAGCGAGUCAUUCCCAUAGUCAUUGAGGAUAUUGACGCGAGUAUCGUGGUGCGAACCGAAAUUUCCAGCCGCAACUACAUUUUUAUGCGGCAGACCGACAACGGGGCUGAAUCCUUCAAGACCAUUAUUCAUGCCCUUUCGCAAAAUCUCGAUUAUGUACACGAGCAUACUAGGAUCUUAAAAUUAGCACACACUUGGAACGACAACCAUCGGAAACCCGAUUUCCUGGUGUUUGGUCACGUCGCAAACGCAGCCCAGCAGUGGCUGACGGACUCUGUGGGGCAGUCGCCAGCGCCUUGUCCCCUCCAGGUCGAGUACAUUCGAGCUUGCGUGCGCUUUGCAAAGCGGGUGCACCAUCGCAAGCGCAUGGUUGCGAUUGCAUUCAUCCUCGUGUGCAUUGCGGCCGUCAUUGCCUCCACCAUCCUUGCCAUUCAAGCGAAAAGAAACUUGGAGGAGGCCGAGAUUCAGCGCAAAACCUCCAAGCAGUUUACCGCCUUUGUCGUCGUGCAGCAAAUAGCAACACUCUCACAGUCCUUCUUUCUCGAAUUCACCAAGCGGUAUCCAAAACCUUCCUGGCUCUGUUACACCAGAAAGUGCAUCAUGGGAUCCAUCAUGAGUUUGGCACGAGUCGAGACGCUUGCCAUCGUCUCUGAUUUGAUUCCCCGCUCGUCCUUCCGUCAGUCGGCAUUCGCGGCACUUUUGCAAACCCGCUACACUGCACUUCGCAAGGAUUUUGAGCUGUACAAUGGCAACAUUGAUCCAUUCAAUACGACCGGUGCUGUUUGCGAAUGGAGCAUUUCUCUCUAUGGAAUCGGCUUUUUGCAAUACUGCGGCAGUGGUAGUAUCGAUAUCGUUUCUCUGACACAACCACUUCAUCCGUUUACCGAGUGGUACUCUUCCAAACCGAAUCAGACGGUUUUGGCACAGGAGCCGUUUUCGUUGCCACCAGACCCAACGCACGCGCGCCGACUACGGUUACCUGACGGGUCUCUUCUCGUUGGUGCCAAGUGUUCCGACGUUUCCAGCGUCGGGCUGGCGACGCUCAUCCAGCUGAACGCAACCCACAUCGAGUACAAUGUUUUUGGCCUGCUUCUUGGAAGUCACGAGGAAGAGCCUGGCCCCCAGAGUCUGCGCCUCCUGUCCUCUCGUAUCUUUCCAGCGGUUUUUACCGACUCGUCGUGCCUUCUCAGCCCAACCACGGCGCACUUUGCCUUUUUCGCCAUUCUGCCGUUUGAUCCCGGCCAUCCCCACCUGGUCUUGAUUGACUCUGACGUUGACCGAGUUUUCGAUUUUGGACGUGCCGACACUCUGAGCGUUGAAAACAUUGGUUUCAACGACGACUCGACUCUGCUGGCGAUGGCGGAUCCCGAGGUGGUUGGUGACUUGCGGCUCACGCGCCUUCCCAUGCCCGGCUCGGCCAACUUGACCCAUGUUCCUCUGCAACUCCUCCCUGCGAAUUAUUCCGACCCCUACUAUACGCCCGUCUAUGCUGGCUCAUGGGUCGAGCAAGACGGGGUCUUGCCAGUCAUGCGCAUCAACAUUACUCUCCCAAGUACCAAUCCUUCCAACUCGUUUGUUACUUUGUCGAAGGAAACUUCGCUAUCCACUCUUCAGUUUUUCCCACAGUCGGAUUGGCUGAUUGUGGCAAUGGCCUUCCCAAACAAGAUUGUCGGGUACAUUAACACGGCUUCUGCAACGUACAGCUCGGAGAUGCUCAAACUCCCCUUCCAUCUCGUCGCGGGCAGCGACAUGCCAGGAGUCAUUGUUUCCAUCGACGUCGAGAGCAAUCUCGCGAGCUUUGGCGACGAUCAAGGAUUUGCACGCAAUCUCAAGUGCAACGUGCCUCCUCCAGGCAGCUCGACAGUGCCCCAGUGCGCGACGAUUGGCCAGCUGUCCGUUGGCUCGGGUCCUGUCAAGCCAGGCUCCCUGAUUCUCUACCAGGUCUCGGGGAUUGCCAUCGUGACUGCGGAGGUUCUCUCGUCAAACUGCUUGAGCGGUCUUGGAAUUGCAGACUGCCAUGGCCCAAUCAUUUCGUGGCCCGCGGACAUGGGUCAACCCAUCACUGUCUCCUCCUUCUUACUGACGUAUGUGCUGUCGCUCGUCCGAAUCGAUGCAUCAACAAGCAACCCGUACGCGCUUUGGCCAACAGGUCAGGACGAGAUUGCUCCCACGCUUUUAGAUAUCAGCCUCCGUAACCCCAACUUUCAGCAAUUUCUUGCUGAUUCGUUGCUCUUGCCGUACGCGAUUGUGCAGCAGUUUACGAAUGAUGAUGAGUAGAAGUAGUGUGCUUGGUCUGGCAUACGAUGCUUUGUCUUCUCGUUCUCCACUUCCAUCUCCAUCUUCAGUUUUGUGUGUAUGUAUUUGGGUGGAUGCUCGGCAUGUCUUGGCCCUCCCCUUAUCUAAGUUUAUUACAUGUACAACAUUGUCCAAAGC